AUGAUAAGGCAUCCGGUCGACACCCCCGUGACGGCGUUGGACGACAGCGACGACGACGUGAUAUUCCGUGAGCGUGAUGAUGACGUCGUCAACGAGCUCGACUACGAGUUUAGCCUGCCCACGUGGCAGGAGCGUCUCCGCCAGUGGUGGAAACCCCGUCCGUCUCCGCCGGCGUACGAGAUGGUGAAUAUGGAUGGUGGCGAUCCGUCACUGCCACCGCCACCAGCACACCCGUUGAAAAAUGCAGUUAACCGUACAUUUAAGGGAACGUUGGCCUUAUUUGGUACCGUGCUUGUUGGGGUGAUCAUCGCGUUUGUGAUUGUUGUACCCCCUGGAGGAGGCUCUACUCCUCAAUUCCGACCGCUAGAGUAUGAAACUGUAUCUAACGGUACCCACAGAUUUAAGCCGACGACGAUAUUGGUCAGUCUCGACGGUUUCCAUCCUCAUUACAUUUCCCAAGAAGAUACCCCUACCCUCAACCAUAUGUUCAUCAACGGCUACCUGAGUCCAUAUAUGACUCCAUCAUUCCCCAGUUCGACGUUUCCAAACCAUUGGACGUUGAUUACUGGUCUUUAUCCCGGUGAUCACGGUAUUGUUGGUAAUACGUUUUGGGACCCUGAAAGAAAGCUUCCUUUCGUCAAUACUAACCCUGAAAAGGGGUCGAUGGACCCCGAUUUCUGGCGAGGAGGCGAACCUAUUUGGAAAACCGCUGAAUUGCAUGGAUUUAAGGCUGCUGUUCAUAUGUGGCCAGGACUGGAAGUUCCCGAAGUGGGUGCUCCACUUCACGAUAAGUUUAACGCUUCUGAAGAACUCGGUAAGAAAAUCGACCGUAUCAUGGGGUGGAUUGAUUUACCUGACGAUGAUCGGCCUCAGCUUCUAUUGGCUUAUGUGCCUACGGUGGACACUUAUGGCCAUAAAUAUGGAAUUGCUGGACCUGAGCUUAAACAGGCGUUGACAGCUACCGAUGGGUUUGUCGGUGAGCUUUUGCACCAGCUUGAACAGCGUCAAUUGCGUGGGUUAGUGAAUGUGGUGGUGACCUCAGACCACGGCAUGGCCCCUACUUCUCUAGAGAGAACGGUGUUCCUUGACGAUUUAGUCAAUCUUGAUGAUAUUGACCACAUUGACGGCUGGCCCAAUUGGGGUUUACGUCCCCGAGAGGGAGUUGAUUUGGAGGCGUUAAAGGCAAACAUUACGCGACGCCUUCAAGAAUUGGAAGCGCAAGAUAACUACGAUGUAUACCAUUUGGAUGAAGUUCCCGAUCAGUUCCACUUUGGUGUUGAUUCAGUAUUUUCCUACCGGAUGGCUCCGCUCUGGAUUUUCCCUCACGUUAGUUACUCAGUGGUCACUCGAGCCAAACUUGAACUGAAUGGUGGUGAGCUCAAACCGAUUGGGGUUCAUGGAUACAACAAUACUGAGUUGUUGAUGAGAGCCAUCUUUUUGGCGGAAGGACCAUAUUUCAGCUCAAACCGGUACCCAUUAAAACUCCAGCCAUUUGAAAACGUUAAUGUGUAUCCGGUAGUGUGUGACUCGUUAGGGAUGAAGCCCGCUGCCAAUAACGGGACCCGAGUCCUCACUAAGUUAGCUCCCGGGUGGAUGGAUCUGGUGGCGGAAUACCCCGGGUUGCCGUUUGAUGUUGACCACUUAGUGGUGAAGAAUAAUACCUACGACUACUUGUACCGCACCCCGCAACGAAAAACGCUUGGUCAGUCAGCUGGAGGGUUGAUUGAUGGUGCUCUUGAUACGUUGACCGGGUGGGGAAACUCGAUUGGUCACUGGUUUAGUGGCGAUAAAGGUCCUGAUAAGGUGUAA